UACGAACAUCUAUCGUGACCGGUAUUAACACCCGCUUCGCAUCGUCGUGUCUUGUGGUCAUCAACUGCCCUCGUGACGACCUUCGACCCUGUCGACUCCACCAUCAGCGAAGUACCUUCUUCUCUUUGUAUCUCUCCACCUACACUAGGAGCCAUACCUAGCUAAGACACCUGCUAGCAUUCCAGCACCUAGCAGGGCUUAGGACUCGGUUGCUGAACCUAUACCUAUCGUCGAGCGUUUGGGAUUGAGCUUGGCAGAUAUUUGCCGCUGCGGUAAUGGGUCAAUCGCAUUCCAAGGGCAACAAUGGCCCUGGCGAUUCUUUGCAAUCGUAUCCAUCCUUUUCUCGCUCUGACACCAAGGAAUCCCUUCGCUCUCUUCGUGGCUCGAUCCGAUCCAAGAUUCGUAGCAGCGACAGUCCCCGUGCCUCCACAUCUGCUCUGUACCAAACGGAAAGCCAAACCGAUAAAUCCGAUGCUGGCUCGAUCAAGUCGGCGGCAAGUAGACGCAGCUCCACCAAUCUGAGUACUCAAUCUCCUGUUGCCGAUGAUUCUGCUUCCAAAACCGACUCCUUGGAACCUCCUCCGUCUCCAUCCCUGUCGAACAGUCUGAAAAGAGGCCACAAAGAUGUGAACGCGAUGCAGCAGAGUGGGGAGGUUGAUCUUGUAUCGGACGCCCCGCCGACCGGUGUCGCGCCCAAGGGUCCGUCCACGCAAAAAGUUGGCGAAUCUAUCCUCAUCAAAAGAGAAAAUCAGUUGAACCCGAUCCUGGACUUCAUCAUGAAUACCCCUAUGCACGAGGCAUCUGGAUCGCCGGGAAUGGGGAUGGGCGCUUUGAAGUCAAUUGACCUGGACGACAUGAUCUCAAGACUCCUUGAUGCCGGUUACUCGACCAAAGUCACCAAAACCGUCUGCCUAAAGAACGCGGAGAUCAUGGCCAUUUGUACCGCCGCACGGGAACUUUUCCUAUCUCAACCCGCCCUCUUGGAGCUGUCGGCUCCUGUCAAGAUUGUUGGCGAUGUCCAUGGUCAAUACACCGAUCUCAUUAGACUGUUCGAGAUGUGUGGUUUUCCCCCGGCCUCGAACUACCUCUUUUUGGGUGAUUAUGUGGAUCGUGGAAAGCAGAGUUUGGAAACAAUUCUGCUACUGCUGUGCUAUAAACUCAAGUACCCGGAGAAUUUCUUCCUCUUGCGUGGCAAUCACGAGUGUGCCAACGUCACUCGGGUAUAUGGAUUCUAUGACGAGUGCAAACGGCGUUGCAACAUCAAGAUCUGGAAAACCUUCAUCGAUACCUUCAACUGCCUUCCCAUCGCUGCUAUUGUCGCUGGCAAGAUCUUCUGUGUUCACGGUGGCCUGUCGCCCAGUCUUUCUCACAUGGAUGACAUCCGAGGAAUCGCCCGUCCGACGGACGUACCGGACUAUGGACUGCUGAACGAUCUUCUUUGGAGUGAUCCUGCGGAUAUGGAUGAAGACUGGGAGCCCAGUGAGCGUGGUGUCAGUUAUUGCUUCGGUAAGCAGGUUAUCAUGAAUUUCCUGCAACGGCAUGACUUUGAUUUAGUCUGUCGAGCGCACAUGGUGGUUGAAGAUGGCUAUGAGUUCUAUCAAGAUCGUAUCUUGGUCACCGUUUUCUCUGCACCCAACUAUUGUGGUGAAUUUGAUAACUGGGGAGCCAUUAUGUCUGUCUCGGGCGAACUACUGUGUAGCUUCGAACUUUUAAAACCGUUGGAUUCUACGGCUUUGAAGAACCAUAUUAAGAAGGGUCGGAACAAGCGAAACAGCAUGCUUAGCAGUCCUCCUGCAAUUGUCUCGGCACAAAGCUACUAGAAGUCCCGGUACUUGCAUGCCAAGUGAUCACUAUCCGCCAUAUGUCACCAUCGAAAUGCCUGGGUCCUACACCGUAAAAAUUGACCAAUGCCCAUCGUUCGCUAUCGGCAGUGCAGACCUUUCCAAUUGGCUGAACUAGCA